CAGGCAAUGAAAAGCGUUGUGAUAUGUUAAUUUCGUGAAAAAUUGUUGACGCCGUUCGAGACAAUAGAACGUUAACCAUGGUAAAAGUUCGAUAUACGCUGUGAUCAACCAUGGUUUAGGUCGGUAACCAAGGUUGAGACGACAGAUAUAUCAAGUCCACUUGAGGUCGCAUAGUAUCUGGCACCUCGUGGUUUCCAGAUUGCGUCAAUCUCAUUUGGUCGCGUUUUCGACAACGUCUGUUUUCAUGGCACAAUAGUAAGCCAAAUCUGGACCAGCCACUCGGACGAAAUAUUCGAAAGUACGUAUAGAUAGUCUGAAGUUAUCUUUCCACCAGUUUUGAACGAAAUUUCAGUGCAAAAGGGUUUCAAACCAGAAUUGGUUAGGAGUCAUUAAAAGCGCUUCCUCUCUCAGCGAUUUCUGAAAGUUGAGCGGUUUUGGAAUUUGAAUCUCCUGGUUAGCGGGUUAAAUGAAUGGAAACAGAAAUCACAUUAAACUAGAGAAUUUUAGUCUGCAAACAAACACCUAGAAAGAAUGUUCAGUUUUUCGUGUCGAAAUCCUUCGUUGUCCCGAGUCAAAUUACAUGUAGGUCGUCUGACGGUUUCGAUCGCGAGUGGUUGAUUUUUGACUCGAAUUCGUGGCCAUAAUUUCCUUUCAGUUGAGCCCUGGUAAACUUGAGCGGCGGUUAUCUUCGAACUAAUGUAGACAUCAGACGGAGAGGUGAUUUGAAAACGAAUUGCUCACUUUGAUUUAGGGGUAAUUUGUAGAACGCAUCUGGUUGAAUCAUGUGGUUUUCGAUUAAAAAGCAGUAGGUUACAAUAAUUCUAAGGAAAGGUGACAAACAGAAUCAAAAAGAUAAAGACAAACAACUUACAGAUAUUUCCUCCUAUUGAUGUAAACUGGUAGACUGAAAUAACUGAUGAACUAAACUGAAACUCGAUGCAAUUGACAUGAUUGCUGCAUGAUACAAUACGUACUGAACAAAAAUGUUACGCAACGAAUCACAUGUAUUUUACAGGUUUAUAUUUUCCCCACAAGCUUUGUAGCUUUGAUUCUUAUUGUGUUGAAAUAAAUGUUUUAUGUUUAGAUGUUAAUGUUAUGAUCGAUUUAAACUUAGGGCACUCUCCAUUUGUUAGAACUGCCCGACCGGAAAGAACUGGUUCUAGCUCAUCGGUUUAAUGGAACGGCCAAAGGCCGGUUCGCGUGGUAUACACGCAAGACACGCAAGAGCCGAUGUAAACAAUAUGGCGGACUUAGCGACGCAAAUUUGCAACAUUCCGCCGACAUUUUUUCUCGACUUUCUUUCGUCGGAGGAGGAGGAUACUCUUUUUAUGAACGAUGCAGAAGACGAAUUUGUGUUUUUUUCAAUUAUGUGUAUUUUUUCUCGGCGCAAGCUAGUGAGAAUUGCGCACUAUUUCGAAAACACGGUUCCACGCUAUCAUUGCGAUGGCUUCAGGAGUCAUUUCCGGAUGACUUCCUCGACAUUUGAAUUACUUGCUCAAUUGUUAUCUCCAAGUGAGCAUAUCCCAAAGGGAAAUGCAUUUGGCAGGCGGCCCAUUGAAGCAAGGAAACAAAUAGCUGUGACUGUAUGGGCCCUGGCGAACCAAGAGACCUGCUGUCAAAUAUCUGAUCGUUUCGACAUUACAAUGUCAAGUGUGUCGCGUUGCAUUGGAAGGGUUGUAAGAGCUCUUGUGGAUGUUCGCAUAGACCUUAUUCAGUGGCCAGAGGUAACAUUGUAAUAUUGGUUUUUAUGCUACAAAAAAACCAUAGAUGAUCUAAAAUGAAUGUAUGUCGAGAUUACGAUAAUUAAUAUUUAAUGAAACUGUGACAUUUUGUGUGCAUGCAACUGCAGUCACGUAUUAAAAUAUGUCAACAUAGAGGUACGAAAUGAGACUGAACAAACGCCAAUCUGAAACAAAUUGUUAUUUCCAAAUUGUUUUAGUUUAAGCCUUAUAAAAAUCAUGCUA